AUGACAGAACCGAUGAAAGAAGCUAACAGUGAUUUCUUCAUGGCGUACCGAGUGGGGGUCAAGGCACCAGUCUUCAAUGCAGACGACCCACAAUUAUGGUUUGCGCAGCUAGAAGGUCAGUUCGUUCUCUCCAACAUUACCACGGACAACACGAAGUUUUAUUACGUGCUGGCGCAGCUCGAACCGCAACAUGCAGCGCAAGUGCGUGACCUCAUAGUGAGCCCCCCCGCCACCGGCAGAUAUGAAAAACUGAAGGCAGAGCUGAUCAAGCGACUAUCCGCCUCGCAGGAGCGGAAGAUCAAGCAAUUACUCAUGCAUGAAGAGUUAGGAGACAGGAAACCCACCCAAUUUCUCCGCCACUUACAGCAACUGGCCGGACCUAAUGUCCCAACUGAUUUCAUCAGGUCGAUUUGGUGCAGUAGGUUGCCGACGAACCUCCAAACGAUAGUAACGAUGCAAGCAAGUUCCAGCCUCGAAGACGUAGCAGAAUUGGUGGACCGCAUCAAUGACAUCGUUCCAGUAACCACGCAAGUCGCCGCAACUAGCAUUCCAGUGCCCGGGAAAGAAGCUUGCUCACAGCAGGAGACGAGUCAACAAGGAAGUGCUAUCGAGGCGUUGACUCGAACCGUGGCUGACUUAUCACAUAAGCUGGAGGUCAUGAGCGCGCAGUUACGUCAUGGACCAUCCCGCUCGCGCUCCAGAAGUCGGUAUAGCCAAAACCGAUACCGAUCACAUUCCCGCUCCAGAAACAACCGGUACUGCUAUUACCACAGCCGAUUUGGCGAGAAAGCCCGCAAAUGCACGGAACCGUGUUCGUAUAACGCGAAGGCGUUAAACCACCAAGGCAGCCACUAA